AUGUGGCUCUACUUGCUCGUCUAUUUGAUCCUCAUUUUGGUGGUGACGAUUACUGUUCUGCUUUGGAUUGUUGUUAUUGCCAAAGGUGCUGUCCGUCUUGAUGUUGGGAAGCCUCACAAUCUUAAUGACUUCACUUUCUGGUUCCAAGAUCAAGCGAUGGGUAUAGCUGACUGGUCCAUAGUCAGGAAGUGCUUAAUCCGCAAGGAUAUUUGUUGUCAUGGCUUAAAGGAUAACUUCUUCUUUUCAAACAAUCUUAAGCAAGGUUGCUGCCGCCAACCUGCCAACUGCACUGUAAACUUUUUGACAAAACACGACUGUGAUGUUUGGAAUAGGGACACCAAAAUAAUGUGCUACUACUGCAGUACUUGUGCAGAGGGGUUUGUUAGCCAACUCGCCGUAUUGUGGAAAAGGUUGUUUCCGGGGAUUGUCGUACUCCUCGUUGUCCUCAUUAUAGUUUUUAUUAUUGGAUGCCGGGCUUUCAGGCAGAAUAAGGCAGAUCAUUAUAGAAGACUCCAUCAAAAUGAUCAAACUGCUGCUAGGACUUGA